AAUGCAAAAUGGAGACGCCGUACAAGUUGCGAUGUAAUAUUAUUGGUCAUGAAAAAGAUGUUAGGGUCGUUUGUUCUACGAUUUUCCCUGAAAAUGGAAUUCUGUCUGGCUCAAGAGAUGUCUCGGCGAGAAUUUGGGUUCCAAUAGAAAUGGACAAUGGUUUUCAAGAGGGUCAUGUUAUGCGAGGCCACAGCAACUUUGUUUCUAGUGUUUGUGUUAUGCCCCCAGAUGAGAAAUAUCCACAAGGAUUGGUAUUUACUGGAAGCAACGAUUCAACGAUUUUAGCAUUUACUCUAGACUCUCCCCAACCCAUAUUUAAAUUGACAGGUCACACAAACACAGUUUGUGCUCUAUCAGCUGGAAAGUUUGGCUUUCUAUUGAGUGGAUCAUGGGAUAAAACAGCACGUGUAUGGUUAAAUCAGAAAACUGUCAUGACAUUAGAAGGUCAUGAAGCAGCUGUAUGGGCUGUAGCUACAAUGUCUGAACAAGGGGUUAUGUUAACAGGUUCAGCUGAUAGAACUAUUAAACUAUGGAAAGCAGGAAAAUGUCUACAGACUUUUAUUGGUCAUGAAGAUUGUGUGAGAGGUCUAGCAGCUGUCCGUCCCGGUGAAUUCUUAUCCUGUUCCAAUGAUGCUACAAUUAAAAGAUGGUUGACUAGUGGUGAUUGUAUAGGGACAUAUUAUGGUCAUACUAAUUAUGUGUACAGUAUAGCGUUAUUACCUAAUGGUGAAGAUUUUGUUACAAGUGGUGAAGAUAGAACAGUACGGGUGUGGAAGGGUAGUGAAUGUGUACAAACUAUACCACAUCCUAUUCAAUCUGUAUGGUCUGUUUGUACACUUGCUAAUGGAGACAUUGUGUCAGGUGCUAGUGAUGGUUUAAUAAGAGUGUUUACAACUUGUCCAGAAAGAAGAGCUCCUGAGGAUGAAUUACAGGCAUUUGAAGAAGCGUUGGCAGCAUCUACGAUUCCAACUCAACUCGGUGAUAUUAAAAUGGAAGACUUACCCGGUCCAGAAGCAUUGAUUAAUCCAGGUCGUAAAGAUGGUCAGACAAAGAUGGUAAAGGAUGGUGAUAAAGUACAGUUAUAUAAUUGGGAUGCGUCUGCUAGUAAAUGGAAUAAAGUAGGAGACAUUGUUGGUUCUGCUGGUGGCACACAAGCUACAUCUGGUAAAACAUUAUAUCAAGGAAAGGAAUAUGAUUUUGUAUUUAGUGUUGAUAUACAAGAAGGACAGCCACCAUUAAAGUUACCUUACAAUACAAGUGAAGACCCUUGGUUUGCUGCACAAAGAUUUUUAGAUGAAAAUCAAUUAUCUCAACUCUUCUUAGAUCAAGUAGCAAACUUUAUAGUAGACAAUACGAAAGGUGUGACUUUAGGAACUGGUGGAAAUCUCGGUGGUGAUCCUCUUACAUCUGGAGGAAGAUAUAUACCAGGUAGUGGAGGUGCUAAUGGUGUUGGUACUGGUGGUGGUGAUCCAUUUACAGGAUCUGGACGGCAUGUACCAUCUUAUACUGAUCAGACACGAUCUAAUGCAUCUCAUGGUGCUGAUCCAUUUACCGGUUCUGGUAGUUAUAAUCCUGUUGGUGUUACAAAGGCUUCUACAACAAACACCUAUUUUCCUGUUAGAAAAUGUGUUACUUUUACACAGUCUAAUCCAGCUCAGAUCAUGGGUAAAUUAAAGGAGUUUAAUCAGUCUGUAGGUGGUGAUAAAGCUGUUAGUGACAUAGAAUUAGAAAGUUUAUCAACAUUUAUAACAGGACAAUCAUCAACUGAUCAACAAAUAGCUGUAUUAUGUAAACUUUUACUCUGGCCAGAAAAUGUUAUAUUUCCAGCUCUUGAUAUUUUAAGACUAGGGAUGCUGUACCCUGAUGUAAAUCGUCUUUUUACUGGUAAAGCUGGUUUCCUUGAGGGUCUUUAUCAGUAUUUAUCAGCAGACCAGCCUACAGCAAAUCAAAUGCUGGCUCUUAGAAUCAUUGCUAAUGCUUUCAGCCAACCAGGAGGCUUAAAGAGUAACUUUGAAAAUUGUGAAAAUCUUCUUACAGCCAUAUUGAAGCUGAAAGAUUCCUCCAACAAAAAUAUACAGAUAGCUAUUGCUACUAUUUUGUUAAAUUUUGCUGUGUCCUUUUUUGGAAUAGAUGAUUUGGAAAAAAAAUCUCUGUGUAUAUGUGCCGCAGGUUCAUUACUGGAAGGAAGUCUGGAUAACGAAGCUGCAUUUAGAUUAAUUGUGUGUAUAGGAACCUUUAUAAACGAUGAUGACAAGGCUAAAGUGUUAGCCGUAUCAAUAGAUUUACCAGCUAUUCUGUCCAAAUAUAAAGUUCUAACAGAACCUAAGAAAUUAACGGAAAGUGCAACAUUAUUACAUAAUUGUUUUGGAUGAAAAAGAUUCUGCAAUAAAAUAUAUCUGUGAAAUUGUUGAAUAAAUUAUUUUAAAAC